ACCCGACAGCGUCAUUCUCCAGUCGGCCGCCGUUGCCGUCGCUCUCCAGACAUCAUGUCCAGCUCGGGCCCCGGGGACAGCACCUGCCCUUCCUCCUGCUUCGACCCCUCCUCCGCCUCCUCCUACCCCCCCUCCUCCGCCUCCUCCUACCCCCCCUCCUCCACCUCCUCCGUGGAGAGCAGCGGCGGCGAGGAGGACAGCGUGAGCCCCGCGGUGCGGCUCCUCUACCCCGCGCCCCGGCCCUCCGCCCUGGCCUCCCACCUGCUGCGCGUGCCGCUGCGCACCUGCCCGCGCCACUCCGGCCACGCCGUCGCGCUCCGCCGCAAGCGGGAGAUGACGCCGGCCGAGAAGAAGGACACCAGCUACUGGGACAAGAGGCAGAAGAACAACGAGGCGGCGCGGCGCUCCAGGGAGAAGCGGCGGCUCAACGACCUCAUGAUGGAGGGCGAGCUGCUGUCGCUGAGCGACGAGAACGCCCAGCUGAGGGCCGAGAUGCUGGCCCUGCAGUACAGCUUCAGCCUCGGCGCCAGGCGCCCCCACGCGGCCGCCGGCUCCGUCCCCGCCGGCAUGUGCCUGCCCCCCCGGCCGCCGGCCCCCUACCUCUACCCGGUGUCCACCCUCUUGCAGGCGGGCGGGAGGUGGGGGCGCGGGGGGAGGGACGCCUUCGUGCUGGGGAGGGGGCAGCACGAGGUGGCCGCCUACCCCCUGGGCCACGGCUGGCCGCCCCUCUCCGCGGACGGAGCUCCGGCGCAGGAGCCCGGGGAGCCGCCGAAGUCCCAGGGCGGCUUCAAGCAGGAGCUGCUCCCGUUCCACCCCUUCGCCUGCACCCCCUCCCCGGGGAAAGGGGAGCCCGGGAGCCCCACCGGACAAACGGGGGACAAGAGGGCCGAGGCUCCGCCGCAGCCGCAGGGCCCCUCCACGCACCACGUCCCCGCCAGCACCUUGCUCCCGGUCCCUGCCGUCUCCUCCGCCCCCGCCUCCGUGAUGCGCCCAGAGAGCUGGCUGAUGCCCCCCCUGCACCACCCGGCCUGGCAGAACCAGCCCAUGGUGCCCUGGGGGUCGGGGUACCUCUCCCACCCGGGCCUGUACCCCCGUCUGCCCCUCUACAUGGCCCUGGAGUAGGGUAGGGGGGGAAGCAGCAGCUGGCCCCAGAAACUUCUGCUCACCUCGGGAUUAAUGCUCCUGGAUGCUGAGCAGGGGGUUCGUCUGAACCUGGAAACAAAAGUCUGUUGUUUCGUUUUUUCUCUUUUAAGUGUGCAGUUAUUAGGUGAGGGGGAGUCAUAGCUGUAAAGUAGCCUGCUGAUAAAUGGCAUGCAUUUACAUGAAACGUGUGGUUUGGUUUGUGGGUCGUUAGUCAUAUCUUAUAGUGGAAGUCAGAGCUUUUCCGUUUUUCUUUGCUAAUGCGUACAAAUAAAAAAAAAAGGAGGAAUUUAUUCCUUUUGAUCAAGUCGUCAUGAUUAUCAAAAGCACUGCUUUGUGUGUGUGUUUUUGUAUUUUUAAAUGUUUUAAUGUUUAAUCAUUUGAUACAAAUAUUAUGCUGUGGACUAUACGCAAAGUAGUAAUCUUUAAUAGGGCCUACUGCUCGCACAUAUUUUAUAGAGUAAUAGAUCAUAUAAAUCACAACAGAUGAGAUUAAACUUUUUGUAUACUGCAUAUCACAUGAUCUUGAACUCUUGGCCUUGGUCUUUGAAAACGUUGCGCACCUACGUUUCUUAGGAAAAGCCGCACAUACAACCAGCACACGAGGUCUUGGUUGGUGGGAUUUCCCCGGGUCCAAAUCACGGAUUUCCCCGUGAAAAUCAGCUCAUUUUACGUUGUUUUUUUUGUCAUCUAACAUGUUAACAUUUUAUCAUUGCAGGCUUGGAAAUAUUCCUUCGGGUUAAAAUCAAUUAGCUCUAUAAACUUGAUGUCAUAGUUGGAUUAAUUAUUAGUGUAAAUAUAUUUAAUCGCACAAAUUAACACGGGUAGCGUCGUUCUCUUGUUUAUGGAAUAAUCCAUUCUGAGGUUUGUGGGGGUGUCAAAACACCAGCCGACGCAAGUUUCUGAGGUUGUUUAGUAUUUUAGGGGGAAAUAAAUAUUUAAAUAGGCUAUGUCCAACUAUUUAGUAAAUUUUCUUGGAAAUUGGUAUUCAUUCGCAUUCUCUUUUCAAUUAGACGUUACGUCAGCAUUGUAGCACUAAUGGUCCACACUAAACAUGUUUUAUUACCGUAUCGUCUAUUUAUUUUAUAACAUUUUAGGAUUUUUCUAAACUUUAACAGGGUUACAUUAUGUGAACAGAGACCUACGAAACAAGUCAUACAACAAAAGGUUGUAUGACUAUCACCAUCACACUGACCUAUCAGUAGGUCAGUGUGCAGUUCCGAAUGUAACCAGACAUAGGCGCUACAACAUCACCUAACUGGACAAACUAGAGUAGGCACUGUGUCGAUGAACAACAAACAAAGGGGCGGCAAAAAGACAAAGGUUUGAAGAUGAGAAGAAAAUAACAAUGAAGGCCUGAAUAUAUUGUGUGAUAUAUUGUG